AAGUGUUUUAUAGCAGUGGAAACAGUUAGAAGCUGUUAAAACUGCAAUAACGAGGAUAUAAAACCUGCAAGCUUCAAAAACGUUUUGGAGCGUCUGCAUUUGAGAUGAACUGGAAUACUUGCCAAAGAGUGGGUAACAUGCUGCAAACCUCAAGAGUGUUACAUCAUAAUACUUCCACAUUGGGAUGUAUUUCAAACUAUCACAUGAAAUGUAACUUGCCAACCAGAACUGAUUUAAAUUUUAUUCAAAAAAGAAGAACACAAACUUCAUAUUUUUCUCAAAAACUUUUUGAAAACUAUGCACAAAGGACUUCAUUAUUUUGUUGCUUUUUCACUGAUGUUAGGAGCCGAUUUCCAUCAAUUAUUACCUCACAAAGAAGGGAUGCCUCUUCAAAACGAUCAAGCAAAAAAGCUCAAUACUAUGCAGAAAAAGGACAUUCAAGUCGAACGAAGCUAUACUAUACUUUGAAGCAAUACAUUCGUUCACCAGAGAACGCUGAAACGUUCGUGUCCCAUCUUAAAGAAGAGGAACGCCGGUUUUUACUCGCUGCUUUAGAAUCUUCUAUUGGUAUAAAUACUAACUCUGAACAGCAUGGUGAGGACUCAGGACAGAUCACCAAGCGACAGUUAUAUCUUGUUUUCGUUCACAACUGUAUCCCAUUUAUUGGUUUCGGAUUCCUGGACAAUGCAAUCAUGAUAUUGGCGGGGGAAUACAUUGACCUGACUAUUGGCGUUACCUUAGGGAUUUCUACAAUGGCAGCUGCUGCUCUUGGAAACACUAUAUCAGACAUUGCUGGGAUCGGAUUGGCUGGAUAUGUUGAAAGCCUCUUCUAUAAACUUGGGUUGCCAGUACCUGCCUUAACACCGGAACAAGCAGAGCAGAAUUCAACUAUUUUUUCAUCUAAUGCGGGCAAAGCAUUUGGAAUUUUGAUCGGUUGUAUAGUUGGAAUGUUCCCACUGUUAUUCAUCGCUAAAGAAGAAAAGGAAGAUGGAUGACAUCUUGAAUAAUUUUUCGAGUUUUAUCGAAGCAUUUGGCUUGAAAUACAGUUACUUUUGAGCUGCUCGACUCGGGCCAUUAUUAUUUUAUUUGUUUCAGUAGCUCAGACCAUUUCAGUCUGUAGAACUGUAUGGUGAUACAGACAAGCAAUAAAAAGGCCUGAUAUUAUUUAACAUUAUAUCUGUAUUGCAUUCUAUUGACUGGGAUAAGUUUAUGCUUUCUCAUGCUUUAAAUUUUUAACUUUUCGAGCUGCUUUUCCAUUGCACCUGAGAAAGUAUAUUUAAAUCUUUUUUUCUGUAAUUGCCAUAUUUCUUCAUUUAGAAAUAUUUUUGUUGUUUCAUUAUUUUAACCAACAUUGUUUUUUUUUCAAAUCCUGUGUUAGUUUUUCAGUCAUAUAGUGUUCCUUUAGUUUUAAAUGUAUUUAGUUUUAUUGCAAUUUUCAGAUAUUUUAAUAAAUUUUUGUUCAAAGCAAAACCUGGAACAAUUACUGCCGGCUAUUGCUAGAUUUUAGGAUUUACAUAUUUAUCCCGACAUAUACAUAUUUAACCGACCAGCGGUUAUGUGAACCACCCUACGGCGACGAAGAGUCCAGCAGUUCUCUUGCACAUAACCAUCCCCGCUUGGGAUUCGAACAUGCGAACCCACGCAGAGUAAUCAGAGGUACGGUGGCAAGCGUAUUCCAAACGCUUAGCACAAUGAGCCACACUGCCGUGCCUGAUCAAACCGCUGGACGAUGAAUCGAAAAAAAUAUGCUCGAGAUUCUAAAUCAGUGUUUCACAAACUUUUUAAUAAAUUCCUCUCAAAUUUUGGAUCCAUAUAUUCUCCCUCACAAUGCUGAAGAACUCCAUUUUCGUUCUAUUCUAGAAAUUUGUAAUUGUAACUUUUACUUUGAAUCAUAUGUUGCUGCUGUUUUUAGUUGGUAUUUUCUGUUGAAUUUCGUUCAUUUUAUAUAUUUGAAUAGUUAACAAUAUAUAUACAUGUUGAAUUUUUA